AUUUCGUGUGCUCAAACAGUGUAAAAGUUACAUUCGAGUGCUACAAUGGCAUCGGAAGAAGAGAAUGACGACAAUUUUCAGGAAGAAGAAGAGGCUCAGGAGGACAAUGCACCUGCGGCGGAGCUGUCCAACGAUUCCGACGCGCCUCUGAAGCCGAAUAAUGACGAGGACGACGACUACGAUCCGGAGGACAGUCGCAGGAAGAAGAAGGGCAAGAAGCGCAAGACCAGGAAGGGCGAGGAGAAGGGCCGCAAGAAGAAGAAGCGCAAGAAGAAUGAGAGCGAGGAGGACAGCGACUUUGUCCAGCACGAUGAGGAGGUGGAGUACCCCAGCACCUCCAAGCGCGGCCGGAAGCGCAAGGAGGAGAAACAGGCCGCCAAGGAAAAGGAGUCGGCAUCAUCCGGAAUGCCAUCUGUGGAAGACGUGUGCUCGGCCUUUAGCGUCUGCGAUGUGGAGAUCGAAUACAGUGAGGAGGAGCUGCAGAGCUUGACCACCUACAAGGCUUUCAUGCAGCAUGUUCGUCCGAUUCUUCAGAAGGAGAACCCCAAGAUUGCGGCACCCAAACUAAUGAUGCUGGUGGCAGCCAAGUGGCGUGAGUUCUGCGAGAGCAAUCCGCACAUCCAGCAGGAGGGUGGUGCCGCCGGCUCCGGUGCAUCCGCUGGCCAGGCGCGCAGUGUGGCAGGCGAUGAGCCGGAAGAACCUCGAUCAUCGCGUUCCUCGCGCAACGAAAAACCGGACGACAUUUACGAGGAGGCCGUUGAGGAGGAGGAAGAAGAGGAGGAGGAGGAGAAGAAGCCGCGUCGAAAGCGCAGUGGACGUGGCAAGAAGGGACGUCGCCCUUCCGGCAAGGUGCCCACUCUAAAGAUCAAGCUGCUCGGCAAGCGCAAGCGCGAUAGUUCGGAUGAGGAGCAAGAUGCUAGCGGUGCAUCGGAACGCGAUUCGGAUCUUGAGUUCGAACGGAUGCUCCAGAAAUCGGAUGACAGUGCCGAUGAAAAGGAGACUCCUGCCUCCACCAAGGCGGACAACUCGGCACCUGCUGCCCAGGACGAUGGAUCAGGAGCUCCGGUGGUGCGCAAGAAGGCCAAGACCAAGAUCGGUAACAAGUUCAAGAAGAAGAAUAAACUCAAGAAAACGAAGAACUUCCCGGAGGGCGAAGAUGGUGAGCAUGAGCACCAGGACUACUGCGAGGUGUGCCAACAAGGAGGUGAGAUCAUCCUGUGCGACACCUGCCCUCGGGCAUAUCACUUGGUGUGUCUGGAGCCAGAGCUGGAUGAACCGCCAGAGGGCAAGUGGUCAUGUCCCCACUGCGAGGCUGACGGAGGUGCUGCUGAGGAAGAGGACGAUGAUGAGCACCAGGAGUUCUGCCGCGUGUGCAAGGAUGGAGGCGAGUUGCUGUGCUGCGACUCCUGUCCCUCUGCCUAUCACACGUUCUGCUUGAAUCCGCCACUGGACACUAUACCCGAUGGCGAUUGGCGCUGUCCUCGUUGCAGUUGCCCUCCGCUUACUGGCAAGGCUGAGAAGAUCAUCACCUGGCGAUGGGCACAGCGUAGCAAUGACGACGGUCCCUCCACCUCGAAGGGAUCAAAGAACAGUAACUCUCGGGUGCGAGAGUACUUUAUCAAGUGGCACAACAUGUCCUACUGGCACUGCGAAUGGGUGCCAGAGGUCCAACUGGACGUCCAUCAUCCGCUCAUGAUUCGUUCGUUCCAGCGGAAGUACGACAUGGAAGAACCGCCCAAGUUCGAGGAGUCGCUGGAUGAGGCGGACACCCGUUUCAAGCGUAUUCAGCGACACAAGGACAAGGUUGGCAUGAAGACCAACGAUGACGCCGAAGUGCUGGAGGAGCGCUUCUACAAGAAUGGCGUCAAGCCGGAGUGGCUCAUUGUUCAGCGCGUAAUCAACCAUCGUACCGCAAGAGAUGGCAGCACCAUGUAUCUGGUGAAGUGGCGCGAGUUGCCAUAUGACAAGUCCACAUGGGAGGAAGAGGGCGAUGACAUCCAGGGCCUGCGACAAGCCAUCGAUUACUAUCAGGAUCUGCGUGCGGUUUGCACCUCGGAGACCACUCAGUCCCGCAGCAAAAAGAGCAAGAAGGGUCGCAAGUCCAAGCUCAAGGUGGAGGACGACGAGGAUCGCCCGGUCAAGCAUUACACACCGCCGCCGGAAAAGCCAACUACUGAUCUGAAGAAGAAGUACGAGGAUCAGCCGGGUUUCUUGGAGGGCACCGGCAUGCAGUUGCAUCCCUACCAGAUCGAGGGUAUCAACUGGUUGCGCUACAGCUGGGGCCAGGGCAUAGACACCAUCCUGGCUGACGAGAUGGGUCUGGGUAAGACCAUUCAGACGGUCACUUUCUUGUACUCUUUGUACAAGGAGGGUCAUUGCCGCGGCCCCUUCCUCGUGGCCGUGCCACUCUCGACGCUAGUGAAUUGGGAGCGUGAGUUUGAGCUGUGGGCUCCGGACUUUUACUGUAUCACGUAUAUUGGCGAUAAGGACUCGAGAGCAGUUAUACGGGAGAACGAGUUGAGCUUCGAGGAGGGCGCCAUUCGUGGGAGCAAGGUUUCGCGUUUGCGAACCACCCAGUAUAAAUUUAAUGUACUGCUGACUAGCUACGAGCUGAUCUCCAUGGACGCUGCUUGUCUAGGCAGCAUUGACUGGGCGGUGCUCGUGGUGGACGAGGCCCAUCGGUUGAAGAGCAACCAGAGCAAGUUCUUCCGUAUCUUGAACAGCUACACCAUUGCCUACAAGCUUCUGCUAACUGGAACACCGCUGCAAAACAAUCUCGAGGAGUUGUUCCAUCUGCUUAACUUCUUGAGCCGCGACAAGUUCAACGAUCUGCAGGCCUUCCAAGGCGAAUUUGCUGACGUUUCGAAGGAGGAGCAGGUUAAACGUCUACACGAGAUGCUCGGACCGCACAUGCUGCGUCGUUUGAAGACGGAUGUGCUGAAGAACAUGCCCUCCAAGUCCGAGUUCAUUGUGCGUGUCGAGCUGUCUGCCAUGCAGAAGAAGUUCUACAAGUUUAUCUUGACCAAGAACUACGAGGCUUUGAAUUCGAAGAGCGGUGGUGGUUCUUGCUCACUGAUCAACAUUAUGAUGGAUUUGAAGAAGUGCUGCAACCAUCCGUAUCUCUUCCCCUCGGCCGCAGAGGAAGCAACCACUUCUGCCGGUGGUCUCUACGAGAUUAACUCGCUGACCAAGGCCGCUGGCAAGCUGGUCCUGCUAUCCAAGAUGCUUAAGCAGCUGAAGUCGCAAAACCAUCGUGUGUUGAUUUUCUCCCAGAUGACCAAGAUGUUAGACAUUCUCGAGGACUUCCUUGAAGGCGAGCAGUACAAGUACGAGCGAAUUGACGGUGGAAUCACAGGAACAUUGCGUCAGGAAGCCAUUGAUAGAUUCAAUGCCCCCGGAGCUCAGCAGUUUGUCUUCUUGCUCAGUACUCGAGCUGGCGGAUUGGGUAUAAAUUUGGCCACGGCCGACACUGUUAUAAUUUACGAUUCCGAUUGGAAUCCCCACAACGAUAUUCAGGCCUUCUCACGCGCUCACCGUAUCGGCCAGGCUAACAAGGUGAUGAUCUAUCGAUUUGUGACUCGAAAUUCUGUGGAGGAGCGCGUUACCCAGGUGGCCAAGCGAAAGAUGAUGUUGACUCAUCUUGUGGUCCGCCCGGGAAUGGGCGGUAAAGGCGCAAACUUUACAAAACAAGAACUGGACGAUAUCCUUCGUUUCGGUACCGAGGAUCUGUUCAAAGAGGACGACAAGGAGGAGGCUAUCCACUACGACGACAAGGCGGUGGCCGAGCUGCUGGACAGAACCAACCGCGGUAUCGAGGAGAAGGAGUCCUGGGCCAACGAGUAUCUGUCCUCUUUUAAGGUGGCUUCGUACGCCACCAAAGAAGAGGAGGAAGAAGAAGAGACGGAGAUUAUCAAACAAGAUGCCGAAAACUCUGAUCCGGCGUAUUGGGUGAAGCUGCUGCGCCAUCACUAUGAGCAGCAUCAGGAAGAUGUGGGUCGCAGCCUGGGCAAGGGCAAGCGCGUCCGCAAACAGGUCAACUACACAGACGGCGGCGUUGUGGCUGCAGAUACCACGCGGGAUGAUUCCAACUGGCAGGACAACGGCAGCGAGUAUAACUCUGAGUAUUCAGCUGGUUCCGAUGAGGAUGGCGGCGACGAUGACUUCGAUGACCAGAACGGCGGCGAGAGAAAGGCCAAGCGGCGAUUGGAGCGUCGCGACGAUCGUCCAUUGCCUCCACUUUUGGCCCGCGUGGGUGGAAACAUCGAGGUGCUCGGUUUUAAUGCCCGUCAACGCAAGAGCUUCCUCAAUGCCAUUAUGCGGUACGGAAUGCCGCCGCAGGAUGCCUUCAAUUCACAGUGGCUGGUACGGGAUUUGCGUGGCAAAUCGGAGCGCAAUUUCAAGGCGUAUGUUUCUCUAUUUAUGCGGCAUCUUUGCGAGCCGGGAGCAGACAAUGCGGAGACCUUUGCCGAUGGUGUGCCGCGCGAAGGACUAUCCCGCCAGCACGUGCUCACCCGCAUCGGUGUGAUGUCGCUUAUUCGCAAGAAGGUACAGGAAUUCGAGCAUAUUAACGGAUACUACAGCAUGCCGGAGCUCAUCCUCAAGCCGUGCGAGCCUGUACGAUCAGCCCUGAAGCAGGAUGUGGCGGCACUCGAAGCUCCGCCUGCCGGUGGAAAUGUCGACAAGAGCGCUACUACCAGCAAUAGCGUCACUCCAGCCACCAGCGCCGCACCUAGUCCGGCACCAGCCUCGGAGAAAGGUGAGGACAAGGACAAGGACUCUGAAAAGGAGAAGGAUAAGAUCCCGGCCGAGAAGGGCGAGGUGAAACAAGAACAAGAGGCUGAGGAGGAUAAGAAGCCCGGGGAUGUGAAGCAGGAGAAUCCGGUGGACGAAGCAUCCGGCGACACAAAGCCCAGCGACACGGAGGUCAAACCCGAGGUGGCUAAGACAGAGCCCAAGGAAGAGGCCAAGGACCUGGAGGUAAAGGAGGAGCCCCAGACCGAAGAUAAGGAAAAAGAGAAAGUGGAGGAGAAGAAGCCAAUACCACCGACUACGGUGAUUGACGACGACGAUGACGAUGUGAUGAUUGUCAAGGAGGACGGUGAGCUAGAAAAGCCCAGUGCCAGUUCACCCAAGGAUCAGAAGGCGGUCGCAGCUGCUGCUGCCACUGCAACUGGAGCCACUGGCAAAGGAGUGGAGGACAGCUUGGAGGUCCUAAAGCGCAAAUUCAUGUUCAACAUCGCCGACGGCGGAUUCACCGAAUUGCACACUCUGUGGCUCAACGAGGAGAAGGCUGCCGUUCCUGGCAGAGAAUACGAGAUCUGGCACCGUCGCCACGACUACUGGCUGUUGGCCGGAAUUGUGACCCAUGGUUAUGGCCGUUGGCAGGAUAUCCAAAACGACAUCCGCUUCGCGAUCAUUAACGAACCCUUCAAGAUGGACGUUGGCAAGGGCAACUUUUUGGAAAUCAAAAACAAGUUCCUCGCCCGGCGUUUUAAGCUGCUGGAGCAGGCGCUGGUCAUUGAAGAGCAGCUGCGGCGAGCGGCCUACCUUAAUCUCGCCCAGGACCCCAGCCACCCGGCUAUGUCGCUAAACGCCCGUUUCGCUGAGGUCGAAUGCCUGGCUGAGUCGCAUCAGCAUCUGAGCAAGGAAUCGCUGGCGGGUAACAAGCCGGCAAACGCUGUUCUGCACAAGGUGCUCAACCAGCUCGAAGAGCUGCUCUCGGACAUGAAGAGCGAUGUGUCCCGGUUGCCAGCCACCCUGGCCCGCAUCCCACCCGUGGCGCAGCGCCUCCAGAUGUCCGAGAGAUCUAUUCUCUCCCGCCUAGCGGCCACCGCAGGAAAUGCCUCUAAUGCAGCUCAAUUAAUGGCACAAUUCCCGGCUGGAUUCCAGGGCACAACAUUGCCAGCAUUCACGAGCGGACCGGCUGGCAACUUUGCCAACUUCCGGCCACAGUUCUCGGUGCCCGGCCAGCUAUCGAAUAAUUCCGGCGUCUAGGCAUCUCCUCAAUAUAUAUGUUAAGAGCAUUCGUAUUCCAUGCAAAUAUACUUUACUCAAGCUAAGAAUUUAAAUUUCUACACGGUAACACACCCGCACACCCACAACUUAUAUUUAUCAUAAUCAUUUGCAAUGAAAUACCGAUAUCAAGAAGGAAAAAAUGGACCCAUGUCGCGUUCACACAAAUAAUUAAUACAAAACGUUUGACACUUGGCGAAUGGCGAGUUCGGAUCUCAGCAGAGCACGACUCGCGGUCAGUUCACAUACGACAAGUACAAUAGUUCUUAUUAACUUCUCUACUAUGUGAUUACAUAAUCUAGAUACAAAUAUAAAUGUAUUUAAUUCCAUUGCAAA